AUGCUGCGGUUUCCCCCUGCCUCGCCGCAGUCUGCGCGGCUGCUGAUGGUAAUUGUGGUGGCGGUGUGUUGUGGCUGCAGCUGCGUUGCUGCGGGCCCGGUGUCGUACCCGUGCAGCUUCGAUGAGGUGAUGCGGGGUGAGAAGUUGUUGUUUGCCGCGGUGGUGAAAGUCGUCCCUUCGGCAGGCGAGCCUCAGUCGGAGACGUACGUUGUCGUGAAGGAAGAGUGGGCGCCGAUCCGCAUUGUGGCGUCAAUGAAGGACCUGGAGGAUAAUAACAAGCAUUGCGGGUCGCCUAUGCUUAACAGACCGAAUUUGCGUGGCGGAACUGUCAGCUGUUCACAAGAAGACGUUUUAACUCGAAAUGGCAAGAAAGAAAUACUCACCAGCGCCAUUAAUGUCGCCAUCAAACUGCACGCGGACCGUCUUCUUGUCCAGCCGCUGAAGGGUCCGUUGAAGGUGCCAGACUUCCCCAGUGGCAGCAUUUGCGGGCAGUUCACGGUGCCUCCUGAGCACAAUUCCAAGGGCGUUGACAAUGCUGACAUGGUGCUGUAUGUGGCGGCUGCGCCGGGCGGUGUGUGGGCGUUGCCGUGCGCCACGCUGGAGAACGGCCGCCCAAUCGUUGGGGUUGUGAACUUUGGCCCGGCGGAUUUGCGUUUUCUCCGGCUCGCCACCCGCAUCGCUGCGCACGAGAUCGCCCAUGCCUUGGGGUUCGACUACGGGAAGAUGGUGGCGAGCCGCAUGGUGACGAAUGUGACCAGCGUGCGUGGCAGGGCGUUGUCGGUGGUGGUGAACUCGACGAACGCCGCGAUGGCUGCGAGGGAGCACUACAACUGCGACAACAUUCAGGGCAUGGAGCUGUAUGACUUCAAGGGGGACGGGACAACGCUGCAGUCGCACUGGUCACAUCGCAACGCGAAGGACGAGCUGAUGGCUCCGCUCGGGGGUGCCGGCUACUACACGGAGCUGACGCUGGCCGCCUUCGCCGACUUGGGCUACUACAAGGUGAACUGGGCGAUGGCGGAGCCGAUGGGUUGGGGCAGGCAGUCGGGGUGUGACCUGCUGGAAAAGAAGUGCUCUGAACUCGUGAGUAAAUAUCCCAAAAUGUUCUGUCAACGGGGCGGUCCCCACCUGCGCUGCACGUCAGAUCGUUAUUUCAACGGAACGUGCGAUUCGAACAUCAUUGAAAUGUCGCCCAAUGUGCAAACGGACGUGUGCUUAACGGUUGCGGCUUUGGUGCCUACGGAGGACUUUAAUCACGUCUUUAAGCAGGAGCAGCAACAGCGGGGGAAAAAAGGCCCACAAGGUCAAAAAAAGAAGACAGAAAAACUGCCUAAUCCCACGUGGUGCCUGGACAGGAAUCUUCCACCCAAUGAGGAGGCGGAGGAGGAGGAAUACGAACAACCAGAUGCCGUCGUUUACGCAGAGGUGAUGUGUGCCGGAAACGAGGUCAAGCUGAAAACAGGGAGUGGGGUUUUAUGGCAGGCGUGCAAGGCCGGAGAUACAGUCACCGGGAGCCGCACCCCUUUCAAUAACGAGGGCGUCAUCUGCCCUGAACACGCGGAAGUGUGCACGAUAUCCGUUAACGGCAGCAGCCUUCUCCCAGUGGUUAAAUGGAACGGCGAAGAGAAGGUGUGGAAGAGAACGGCCCCUGCAACCCCUGUGGAAAAGCCAGCGCCAGUGCCAGUGCCAGUGCCGUCAGAGGGUGAACCCGACAGCGGCAGCAGUGAGCAGUCUGGACGUCCACCGUCAACGCCUUCUGCUCCUGGCGGUGGAACUGGCAACAACGGUUCGGAAAGCGGCGCCCCGUCGACGGAGCAGGAAUCCAUUCCUGUGGCUCCGCAGGGGGCAGGAAACGGGAGCGAACACCACGAUAACAACCACGGCGCCGCGGGUGGUGUGAGUGCGUUUGGAGAAAAACAGCCAACGAAUGAGGACGCAGCCGACGAGGCGGGUGCCGGUGGAAACGCUGCAGGACUCGACGGCCAUGAUGCGACGGGGGGCGCACCAGGCCCGGUGGAACUUCCGCGGAGGGACGAUGACGAUGCCGCGGUGGGACGCGGUGAUGGCGGGGGAGGCAAGAGGGACGCCUCGUCUCCGACCCACGGUGGUGACACCGUGGCGUCUGCUGGUCUCUCUCCGUUUUUGCUUCUUGCCAUUGUCGCCGCUGCAGCACUUUAUUGA